AUGAACUCGGGCAGGUCGCCGAUGAUUCGGCUGCCGACAGACGUUGAUCAAGUGGAGGACUACGACUCCUCCGCUCUGGCGCCUUCUCCAGUGCUCGUGGUGGAGGAGGAUUCCCCGCUGCCGCUCCACGUGCCGGCACGAUCCCCCAUCCCCAUGGUUCCAGCUGCUGCUGCUGCUACUGACACUGCGGAAGACCGCGAGAGGCGUCCAGUGCGGGACGAUGCAUCAGUGGGUGAGGGCGACAGCAGCAUCCGCUCUGCGGCGCCGCCGAUGGCGUGGAACGGCGCCUCCAACAUUUCCAUUCGGCUCGAUGGCAGCAUGAUGGACCAAACGAUUAUGAUGGGGACCAGUGCGCUGCGCCAGGUGAAUUCUAUGUCACCAUCCAUCGCACUGCCAACUCCCACCACACCACUGCUGAUCAACAGCAGUAACAGAAGCGGUGGCUGCAGGGGUCGCGAGGCUCGCCCAGACAGGCCACCUGAGUCACCUGUGGCAGGAGCAGCAACAGCAGCAGCAGCAGUGACGCGGCCCAUUGGUGAUAACGCCAACCCUUGGCGGCGUGUGCAGGUGGUGUCACUUCCCACCACCAACGUGGUCGGCGGCAGCCCUGCGCCUGUGACACCGGUCGACACGCUGCCACUCUCGACGCAGCGCCAACGCGCCGCCAGCCCAUCGCGGAGGCAGCAGUUUGCUGUGUCAGACGACGCCGCAGGGCGGAUUGGCAUGUCCGUCUCUUACAACACGAUGACAGGCUCGACGAACUGCAGCGACGCGACGCCGCAGCGAGAGGGUAGCCCCUCGCGGCAGCCGUCAUCGGCAGUAUCGACUACGGACACAUCGCGGCAGCUGAAUAUCUCGCUAAUGUCCGGCAGCAUGUCCUUCCGACCCCCAGUGGGCAGUAUCAGCUUUGGCGAAGUGCCGAAAGGAUCGCCGCUUGCCUUUGACUCUUCAAUGCAGAGUAUGACGCUGACCACCCCGACGGCGUUGCAGCACCCCAAGCCGCGUUUGAUCACUCGUGUUACACCCACAGCAGCAACUGCCAACUCGUCCUCUCAAUUUCGCACCGUGAUUUGCGGCAAAAACGCGAAUUUUGGCAGCGGUGGUGGGCUGCCGCUCUCGCGCGGGCUGGUGGGCGGCGGCAGUCUGCGGCGCACGCCUGUGUCGGGCCACAGCUUCGUGGACCCACACGACAUCGCUGCGUUGGCACGCCAGAAGCCGCACACAACGGCGGUGCCAGACGCGAGCGUAUUUCAGCCGUGGUCGCCGUUGGGACACGACUGCGACACGCCUGACGCACAGGACGGCAACACCGACAGGAGCAACCAUAACGGCAGCUGCAAAGACACCGGGGGUGAGGCUGACGAUGGUGGCGAUGGGGAGACGAGGAAGAAGAGCAUGGCACCCGCACGCCAGGUGACGAAUGAUCUCGCCUUCAGCGUCAACGAGGACGACGCCUUCUCGUGCCGCGGCACCAACACUCUGAUGGAGGCGACGCUGAUGGGCAUGCAGCUGCACGACGGCUCUGCCUCGGUGUCAGUCUCGCCGCACGCCGUUGGAAUGCCUGCCGCGGAGGCCAGCAAGCCUCAGCAGCCGUGCACGGAGAAGAAUGCGGAGGAAGCAAAGCCGCAGGAGCCCGAGGAGCCGCCGGCGCGUGGCAGCCGCCAGCCGUCACUGCGGAACCGAUCGCCGUCCCGAAUGAACGACACGGCGAACCCUGGGGGCAAGCAGGAGUCUCACGCUGCUGCUGCUGCUGCUGCUGCUUCUCAGCCAACGGCCCCAUCGAUGUGA